GGAGGAGGAGGUGUAAGAGAAGAGUUUUGAGUUUCUGAGCUACCAUUCCUAAGCUAUUAUCUCAUGCUCUAAGAAUGUGCACAACAUUUGGUUAUACAUUGCUAGCAUUUAGAUUUCUCUCCAAGAAAAUAGAGAAUGCGGAUUCCAUGGCUGAAAGCCUUUCAGAAUGGGACGCCCAGAAUAUUCCCAGCCGGCAAAUGUGACUGGAUGCCCAGAUGAUUGGAGAGGGAUCCAUCAAUAAUAUAACAGAUGUUAAAAAUGCAGCGCCGUGGACGGAUCCAGAUUCCCUAUCGAGUCACUUCCUCGAAAUUCUGAAAAUUAAAUUCUGAAAAUGGGGAGGAUUUAUUUCUUUAUAUCUUUAUUUUUGACCUUAAGUAUUUUUCUUUUUCACAUAUUUACUCUCCCUCCCCCGCUCUCCACUCCUGUUUGUUCUCAGUCUCUGUUGUAUGUGGACGUGCACAAACUGGUUUCCUUCUGCAUCAUCACAAUCACGCCAGGCACCCUCUCCCUCUUCUUCUAUGUGUUCUAUGUUGACGUGCACAAACGGUUUCUUGCUGCAUCAUUACAAUUACACCAGGUAUUUUUCAACUAUCUGACAUAAGAUCUUCAAUGCAACUUCAAAAGUUCACAACUUGACUGGAAGUAUUUUAUAGGUUAGAAGUAGUUUGGUGAAUCAUAAGUUAAAAUUGGGAGGAUGAGAGAAAUAGAACAGAUUCCAUGAAAUUAUUUAGCUAUGGAGCCGCUGAACAUGGAGAAGAAAUGGGUAUUCCCGCUUGUCGUAAGCUCCCUUAUUUGUGUCUUCAUCAUUGCUACUUCCUUCAAUAUGGGUCUUGUGUCUUCUGUGCAAACAAUCAAUUCACUUUUCUCAGUCUUCCCGUCACGAGUCUCCGUAAGCCAGACAGACCCUGCUUUUGUUGAAUCAAAGGUUUUGCCCCCACCACCACCCCCCAAGAUCCAUAUUCCUCGAUUUGCAUAUAUGGUUUCUGGAUCAAAAGGUGAUUUGGAGAAGCUGUGGAGGACUCUCCGUGUGCUUUAUCACCCAUUGAACCAGUACAUUGUUCAUUUGGACCUGGAAUCAUCAGUGGAGGAACGACAGGAUCUUGCUUCUCGUGUCAAAAAUGAUACCAUAUUUGCAAAGGUGGGGAAUGUGCACUUGAUUACCAAAGCCAACAUGGUUACUUACAGAGGACCCACAAUGGUUUCUAAUACCCUUCACGCCUGUGCCAUCCUUCUCAAGAAAAGCAAGGAUUGGGAUUGGUUCAUAAACCUCAGCGCUUCAGAUUAUCCGCUCAUGACGCAGGAUGAUACAGAUAUUCUUUUUGCAUUUUCAUCAUUGGACAGAAGUCUGAAUUUCAUAGACCAUACCAGCCGACUAAGAUGGAAGGAGGGUCAAAGGGCAAAGCCAUUGAUUAUAGACCCUGGACUCUAUAAGUCAACUAAAUCUGAUAUUUUCUAUGCGACUGAAAAGAGGGAAUUGCCUACAGCUUUUAAAUUAUUUACUGGUUCAGCUUGGAUGGUUCUGUCACGGGCAUUUGUGGAGUACUGCAUAUGGGGUUGGGAUAACCUACCCAGAACUCUCCUUAUGUACUACACCAACUUUGUGUCCUCUCCUGAAGGUUACUUCCACACAGUCAUCUGCAAUGUCCCAGAGUAUGCACAGACUGCAGUUAACCAUGACUUGCACUACAUCUCAUGGGACAUACCUCCUAAACAACACCCACACACCCUCACUGUUAAUGAUACUACGAAGAUGAUUCGUAGCAAUGCUCCUUUUGCCAGAAAAUUCAAACAAGAUUCUCAUGUUUUGGAUAAGAUUGACACCGAACUCCUUCACCGGAAGUCUGGGAGCUUUGUCCAGGGUGGAUGGUGCUCCGGUAACCCCACUUGCUCUGAGGUGGGGGACCCGACCCGCCUUAAACCAGGACAAGGAGCACAGAGGCUUGCAAGACUUAUGGCUAGUAUAGUUUUGUCUUCAAAGUUUAAAGAAAACCAGUGUCAUUAAAGUGCAUGAAAGCAUUCUUGUUCAAGGCUGGGAAGUUUUCGGUUCAGCAAAUACCAGUUUUCCAUUUGAAGGAUUAGUCAAUGGAAGGGUACCAGCAGGGCUCGUUGUCGCAUGGUAAGCAAUUUUAUAGGUGGGACCUGUGACAACUUCAUGAUGCCCUCCGGCAUUGGACUUGAAUUGUCAUCACUAGUGUGGUAAUUCCAUUUUGAUUAGGAUCAAUGAUGACCUGCUUAUAUCAGCGACAGUAUGUAACUGGCACCCGGGGUCUAUUUUAUUUGUUGGAGAAAGGCCGAGGAACGCGGGUAGCCACUCUGUAAUUAAGGCCGACUGUGCUAUCCAUCCUUGGCUCUCUAAUCCGCCUAAUGUUUUGACAUUUUUUCCAGCCAUCUUUGGCUCGUCUUUCACUACUUGUUAUCCGGCUGCAGUAACACUCAACAAAAUUUUAGUGAAAAACAUGGGCUAGACAAAAUAAUACUGAUGAACACAGUUGUGUGGAUUCGGGACUGCAUA